AUCUUUCCCCCACAGUCAUUGCAUCCAAACAGCGCAGUGGCUUCAACCGGCUUCCGUAAAUUUGCUCAUACGUCAACAGCCAAGAUGGCGGACUGGAAUCGAGGACAAGGUGCUGUUGACGAUAUGUUGGACACGGAAAACAAGCUUCUGGCUGACAAUUUGGCGUCCAAAGUUUCCAGAUUGAAAUCGCUUGCCUACGACAUUGACAAAGAAGCUGAAGACCAAAAUUCCUAUUUGGAUGGCAUGGAUUCCAAUUUUCUGAGUGCUACAGGACUGUUGACUGGCAGUGUGAAGAGGUUCUCUGGCAUGGUGCGAUCUGGAAGAGACAAUCGCAAAAUCCUCUGCUAUGUCUCAGUAGGACUGGUCUUCGUCUUCUUCCUGCUCUACUAUCUCAUCUACAGCGUCCAGAACUGAAGAGCUUUAACAAGAAUGGAACUUUAUAGUGUGGCUGGCUACUUUCCUCUCAGUUAUACCAAGAAAGACAAAAUAGAAACUUUUAUUGUGAAGGUUUUGGAUAGGAAAUCAUCUCCCCCUCUCCAAUUCUCUAUAUAAUAAUGUCUUCUGCUCGAAAUGAGAAAUACAGUAUGUGCAGAUGUGUAUAUAAUUUGUCUCAGUUAUAUGAGAACUGUCAUUGUAUAUACAUUAUUUAAGACCCCAGUCAUGUAAAACUGAAUGUUGCCCCCCCCCCCCCAAAAAAAAAAAAACAACCCAUCUUUACCAGGAUGCAGUUGAAAGCAGGGUAGUCCUUUAUUUACAUUGAUAAAUAGCCCUAUAGAUUAUUGGCAAAGAAUGCCCCAGUGCCCUUUUCACAUUACUGAGCCAAAACAUGCAGUACUGACCAUAGGUGUACAAUAAGAGAUUGUACUCGGUUUUGGCUUAUUCUUGUGUUUUGUAAUAGUAGUUUGAAGACAUGCUCCGGUACUUUGGCGAUUUAGAAAGUCUUUUUUAAGACCUCCUGCUUUGGGCAGGAUGUGUCAUUGUGUAGUUCACACAUGCAUAAUCUAUGAGCAGAAUUUCUGUUUUACCUCAAUUAGCCAUGAAAUCCCUAGUUUGAAAGCAACUUUUUUUUCUGGAAACUGACGUCGUACGCAAUUUUCCGUGAGCGCUACUUUCAGAACUACGGGCUAAAAAGUAUACAAAAGUACUGUAGAAUCUCUAAGACAUUGCCUAAACUUUAACAAUCUCUUCUGUGAUACUAAGUUGUCAAUACCCAAUGACUUUCAAUUAUGCUUCAGAAAAACAAGAACAGACUUAUCUAAUUUACAAACCAAGUAACUGUGUCUGGGUUUCAGAUUUAGUGCUUUAGCAUUGGGCUAAUUUCUACAACCGUGUGAGUAAUAAUAUACAUAUUUUCAGCACCUGGCAUGUAAUUAAUCGUUCUUGCAUUUCCAAAACAACUACAUAACAUCAUUUUUUCCAGUGAGUUGUAUAAAUCCUUGUAAUGUAUGUGUAAUAAACAUUUUGAUACUACAGUCGACUCCAGAUAAGUGAAAACUCCACAGGUCCCGAUUAAAUUUUUCUUGCUCUGAAUAUCUGCUCCAUUGGUUCGUGUAGUUAAUACAGUCCUGAACCAAUGGAACCAUUUCACUUAUCAGGAGUUGACUAGUUUACAGAUGGUAGAUGGUUGAUUUUACAGAGAUGGCAAGACAUUUAUUUUAAUUUAGAUUUUAAGGAUAUUAAAUGAGAUUUUGCAAAAAUCUGUUGUAAGUAAUACUUUUCUCAAUCUACCACUAUCCAGAUCUGAGUGGUCCAAUUAGUCCAUGAGCCAGACCACCAAAUAUGGGUUGUCGACAUCUUUAGUGAUUUAUGUCCCUAGAGGUGGGAAAUGUGUGAUACCAGUGCAGCAAUGGUAGGUUUCUGUGUAUCACUCUUUCAUCCCUCUGCCCAUUCAUUUUUCCCUUAGGGAUUUUACCCUACAAUAAACAAUGUCAGUAUAUGUAACA